CCUGACGACAUUGGAAUGCUUGAGGAUCCAGUUAAAAUUUGGAUUUUUUGGCUUGGUGAAGGAAAAAUAUCUCAACUAAAAAAUACACAAGUUAAAAUUUUUUAUGAAGGUUCAACUGAUAGACUUGCUGAUAUAUUAAAUGGAAAAACAAGAAAACUUGGACAUUCAUUUGAUGAAAUGAUUAAAGAACUGGGUGAAAGAUUGAAUGAUAAAAUUACAAAACCAUAUGAAACGUGGUCAAAAAGAAUAUAUUUAAAAUUAAAAAACCAUGAUGAUAUAAUUUUUUAUCCAUAUCCAUUGGAAAUAAAAAACAAACUAGAUCAAUUGAAAUUAAAAAAUAAAGAAUUAAAUUCUAAUAAAAGCAUUGCAAGUCAAGCAUUAAAUAAACAAAAAAGCAAUAAUAAAAAAUUAAAAAUUGAUGAUAAAAAAAGCUCGUCAGUCAAUAAACAAAAUGACAAAAGUUCUACUGAUGUUUUGCAUUUAAAAUUUCAAAAAAUUGGUACAAUUGUUUGGGGUAAAAUUGCAGGACAAAUAUGGUGGCCAGGUGUUAUUACAGAUUAUCAUGAUUGUGGUAUGCAAGAACCAAAAUUUGGAUGUCAAUGGAUAAUGUGGUAUGGUGAUUAUACAUUAUCACAAGUUAAUCACAAGUGUAUAAUGAAUUUUGAAAAAGGAAUUAAAAAACUUGAGCCAAUUAUUAAACAAUCUAAACGAGAUGUUUAUAAAAAAGGAAUAUUUCAAGCUUCUCUGGAUUAUUGUGAAUUUUAUGGAGUUAAAACUGAAGGCUGGACUUUGCAAAGUAUAUUUGAUUGGUCAAAAAAACCAAAAUCAUCAAGAGUUAAUUUAACAAAACGAAAUUUAACAACACAAUUAUUAGAAACAAUAAAAUAUUCACAAAAAAUACAAUCAGAAUUAAAAAAACAUAUAACAAAAUGUACAACUGCUGAUGUUAGAGAGCAUGAUAUUAAAAAUAGCUCAAAAUUAGAACUUGUAAAAGUUGGAAAAGCAAAUAUCAAUGAAUUAUGUUUAAUGUGUUUAGAAAAUUAUGAUGAAAGCUUGAUAAAUCAUCCAUAUUUUGAUGGUAAAUUAUGUCAAGUUUGUUUGGUUAAAUAUAAACCAACAAUAUUUGCUUAUGAUGAUGAUGGAAAAUGUUUUUUUUGUACUGUUUGUGCUGGAACUGAUACAGUUGUAAUGUGUGGUAAUCCAGACUGUCCUAGAGUUUACUGUAUGUCUUGUUUAAAAUACCUGAUAUCUCCAAAAUCAUACAAAAAAAUAUUAAAAUGUGAACCAUGGAAUUGUUAUCUAUGUGAGACAAAUAAAAUAUUUAUUAAAUCUUCAAUAAUAAAACCACGAAUUGAUUGGAAAAAUAAUAUAUUUGAAUUAUUUAAAACAAGCCAUGAAACAAUGUCAUCUUGCUUGAAACGUUUUAAUAAUAAAAAAAAUAAAAUAAGAGUUUUAUCAUUGUUUGAUGGAAUAAGCACAGGUUUUUUGGCAUUAAAUAAACUUGGACUUGAUGUUGAGUGUUAUUAUGCAAGUGAAAUUGAUCCUGAUGCUGAAUUAGUUAGUUUAGUUAAUAAUGGAAAUUUAAUAACUCGUCUUGGUGAUGUUAGAAAUAUUACAGAAGAAAAAAUACGUCAAAUUUUACCAAUUGAUUUGUUGAUUGGUGGUUCACCAUGUAAUGAUUUGAGUUUGGUUAAUCCAAAACGUCGUGGACUACAUGAUCCAAAUGGUACUGGUGUAUUAUUUUUUGAAUUUUGUCGAAUUAAAAAAAUCCUAGAGACGUUAAAUAUCGACAGACAUUUAUUUUGGAUGUUUGAAAAUGUUGCAUCAAUGCCAGAAGAAUAUAAACAAGAUAUUAAUAAAAAUCUUGGAUGUGAACCAGAUUUAAUAGAUUCGUCAUUUUAUUCACCACAACAUCGACCAAGAUAUUACUGGAAUAAUAUACCCUUGUCAAAUUCAAUAAAAUUAUCAAAAGAUCUACAGGAUGUAUUGGCACCAAAUUGUAAUCGUUAUGCACUUGUUAAAAAAAUUAGAACAGUUACAACUCAGCUCAAGUCAUUGAAACAAGGAACAAAAGCUUUAAAGCCAGUAUUAAUGAAUGAAGAGUAUGAUUGUUUAUGGACAACUGAACUUGAAGAAAUAUUUAGUCUUCCACGUCAUUAUACUGAUGUUAAUAAUCUGAGUGCAACUAAGCGACAAAAAUUAAUUGGUCAAUCAUGGUGUGUACAGACUAUUACUGAAAUAUUGAGACCACUUUGUCAUUUUUUUACACAAAUUAAUUCAUAGUUUAUAUAAAGUUAUUCAAUGUUUGUAUUUGA